AAAAGCCCGGGAGUAAUAGCGAGCAUCUGUGCUGGGUGCUCAAUGAAUGGAAGCCGCCGGGCGGGCCUGCGCGCACCGUGCCGUCGCCCCGCGGCCUGUUAAGGGCCCUCGCCAGCCCCGCGCCCUCCUCCCGCCGCGGGCUGAGGCUGCCGCCGCCACUGCGCCCCACGCCGAGGCCGCGGCGGCGACGGGGAAGGUCGGAGGGAGGGUGGUUUCCUCCCGCCCCACACCCAGUCUCGGAGCCGGAUAUAUAGAGUGUCACGUUUGGGGGCCGAAAGCCGCGAGCGCUUUUCCCUGCGGCGGGAGUACUUGCCGGAGCCUCGGGGAAGGAGCGGGGUUCCCGGGACCACCAGUUGAACCCCACCCGCGCCGGAGGAGCAGAGCAAUGGUUCUUGAUCUGUUUGGAGUCUUAGGCCUCAGGAAGAAUUGCUGAAAGUCCUUGCUGGAGAGAAAAUUCAGAUGAAGCAACAUUUGACCUAUAAGGAACCUCUUUCCAGAGCUAUAAAACACCAAGAGAAGAAUCAUGUCCAUGAUUGCAGCUUUCUAUAGUGGCAAGUCCAUUCUCAUUACUGGGGCCACAGGCUUCAUGGGCAAAGUGUUGAUGGAGAAGCUAUUUCGCACCAGUCCUGACCUGAAAGUCAUUUACAUCCUUGUGAGACCCAAGGCUGGCCAGACAACGCAACAGAGGGUUUUCCAGAUCCUAAAUAGUCAGCUGUUUCAAAAAGUCAAAGAAGUUUGUCCAAACGUGCAUGAGAAGAUCAGAGCUAUCUACGCGGACCUCAAUCAUAAUGACUUUGCUAUCAGCAAGGAGGACAUGCAAGAGCUUCUCUCCUGUACAAACAUUAUCUUCCACUGUGCGGCCACCGUGCGCUUCGAUGAUCAUCUGAGACACGCCGUGCAACUCAACGUCACUGCCACCCAGCAGCUCUUGAUCAUGGCCAGUCAGAUGCCAAAGCUUGAAGCCUUCAUCCAUAUCUCCACUGCCUUUUCAAAUUGUAACCUGAAGCACAUCGAUGAGGUCAUCUACCCGUGCCCUGUGGAGCCAAAAAAAAUCAUCGACUCCAUGGAGUGGUUAGAUGAUGCUAUUAUUGAUGAGAUCACCCCCAAGCUGAUCGGUGAUCGGCCCAAUACUUACACGUAUACCAAGGCCUUGGGUGAGAUGGUGGUGCAGCAGGAGAGCGGGAACCUAAACAUUGCCAUCAUAAGGCCCUCCAUUGUGGGAGCAACCUGGCAGGAGCCUUUCCCGGGCUGGGUUGAUAACCUAAAUGGACCUAGUGGGCUCAUUAUUGCGGCUGGGAAAGGGUUUCUUCGGUCCAUAAGAGCUACUCCGAUGGCUGUGGCAGAUUUAAUUCCCGUUGAUACAGUCGUCAAUCUCACUUUGGCUGUGGGAUGGUACACAGCCGUUCACAGACCUAAGUCAACAUUAAUCUACCACUGUACAUCUGGUAACCUCAAUCCUUGUAAUUGGGGCAAAAUGGGAUUCCAAGUCUUGGCAACCUUUGAAAAAGCCCCAUUUGAGAGAGCUUUUAGGAGGCCACAUGCAGACUUCACAAGCAACCUCAUCACAAGCCAGUACUGGAAUGCUGUCAGCCACCGGGCCCCUGCCAUCAUCUAUGACUUCUAUCUGCGGCUCACAGGAAGGAAGCCCAGGAUGACAAAGGUCAUGAAUCGGCUUUUAAGAACAGUUUCCAUGCUGGAGUAUUUUGUCAACCGGAGUUGGGAAUGGAGCACAUACAAUACAGAAAUGCUGAUGUCUGAGCUGAGUCCUGAAGACCAGAGAGUAUUCAACUUUGAUGUGCGCCAGUUGAACUGGUUGGAAUACAUUGAAAAUUAUGUUUUAGGAGUUAAGAAGUACUUACUGAAAGAGGAUAUGGCUGGGAUCCCAGAAGCAAAACAACAUUUGAAAAGGCUCCGAAAUAUUCACUACCUCUUUAACACUGCCCUCUUCCUCAUCGCGUGGCGUCUUCUCAUUGCAAGAUCUCAGAUGGCUCGGAAUGUCUGGUUCUUCAUUGUGAGCUUCUGUUAUAAAUUCCUCUCCUACUUUAGGGCACCCAGCACGCUUAAGGUGUAAGAACAUUCGGCAAGCUCCUUUUAUCUGGAACCUUUUGGAUACCUCUAAAACAGCGAACUGUGGUUCUCAAGAUUAGGAAGUAACAAAGAAUAUGCCCAAGCUCAUUACCUGUCAAAGUGUUGUCAUGUCUUCACCUGUUUCUUACCUCUAUAUUUUAUUUCAGUGAGAGAAGGAAAGUCAUAUCCUAGCCUAUAAUCAUACAUAUCUUAGGAAAAAUUAUUUCCAGAUUGCUUCCUAAUACUCCAUUCUGUGCCCUUGAAUAUAAAACACCAAAGUACAUUUAUCUGUCCAUAUUUAGGAUUUUUUCUCUUCAGAGGACUAAUUUUUGACUCAAUGUACGUGGAAGAACACAUGAUAUAAGCUGAAAUAUGCUAAAGAAAGGCAGUUCUAACCUUGGAAUCAUUCUGGGGUACCCAGUAUAAAGGUUUAAAGUCAAGAUUAAGUUGAGGAAGAAUGAUCUUUGCAUCCUCAGAAAUACUGUAAAAGAGAUAAUUCUCUACUGAAAUCUCUGUGUCCUUUUUCUGUUAUACCAUGAAGACCUGUUAAAGGCUGGGAGAACUGAAAAAGUGGAUUCACAUCUAGCACUUCCCUCAACUAUUUCUGAAAUCUAAAAAACAAAACAAACAAAAAAUUAGGUGUAAAUAAUUAUGUAUAGAAGGAGAGCUCAAGCAUAGUUGCAGGUACCGAUUAUGCUUGUAAGUAAAAUUAGUUCUCAUUAUUUGAAUCUGACAACUUUUAUUUCUAAAUCUUUUGAGUCACCCAUUUUCCUGAAAACCUUCUCUCAGGAGCUUCCUUUCUGUUCACUGAAGUCACCAAACCCCUUAUAUUUGUUUAUUUUGCUCAGUCCUCAGAGCGAGAGUGACUGAUGGAAGGUCCUAGGCUAGAAUCUUGAAG